UUGGAUUUUCUUAACUGUACCAAAGCCUGGCUCUGACUGUACCGUGCGUGGUAGACAGAGCCAAAGGUUUUAAUUAAACUCAAGAAUUAUCAUACAAUACAAUUAGUUUUCGAUUACCGUGAGAGUAAGAAUGGAUAACUCUACUAGACGCUUACUGCAGCGACUUAUGAGACGAAUACCGACUCCAUUGUUAAAAACUACGCUGGAGAAAUGGGGUCGUUUGACGGUGGCUCAGCGACAAUCCAUGGAUUUUACUCAGCCGAAAUGGGCGGUAACGGAGAAACUGCUCGCCAUAUGUGAGGAAAAUGAGUGGACAGCUAAACAAAUAACAGAACUCGAGAUGAUAUAUAUCAUAGACAAUCCAAACCAGGGGAUGUGGUAUGCCUUCCAACUCAUGGACCCUGAAGAUGAUGCUCACUCUGUCGAGCUGAUGCAGUUUAAGGAGCAAUUCAAAUCUCACCUCAGUGAGCUCGUAAGACAUGUCUCUGUCAAAAUAAAGAAGCACACGGAUGAAGCUGUAUGGAUUCGGAUUGCGUGGGGAGACAGCUUAUCUCGGCCUAACCACCUGAAACCAACAUAUGUUGUCCACUAUCUUCAAACCCCCUAUGUCUUUGUGACCAGCCUGACUUCAAAGCAAAAGCCCUUGUUAUCCCAGGCCCUGGUUCUGUCCACCAGAUAUCAUGCUAUUAAGGAUGCUAACCUCAGUGGACGGAAACUUACUGCCAUUAGGGACCUGCUGAUGAGGCAAUAUCAACAGGCGUUUCCCACAAAAUAUCCCAGCCCUCUUGCAGAAAAGAAUCACACUGUCUCAAACCCACGCAUAGAAAGGGAACAAGCUGGACUUGCAGCAAACAGACUUCAGAUGGCCUGUGAAGCCUUCGGUGAUGGGAUGUUACCUCAACUACAGUCUGCUGUUUACAAGCUGGAGACAAAAUUCAAAGACCACACCAACAAGACCAUGACAGAGAGGGAUGAGCCUUUCAAAUGUGUUGUCAAAUUUGCAAGCACCAACCUCCUGGAGUCACUCAGACACUGUGCAUCCUCAGGGAUUGCAUCCACCCCUGUCACCCCUCUGCUCUCAUCUAUCCCUCUAAAAGGAAGGAAUUAUUUUGUCAUCACAGACAAUGGCCCGAGUCCCCCUUCACAAAUGCAUGCAUCACAGAACUGAUAGGUGAAUGACCUUUGAUUUAAAGGACUAAUGAUUUUGCCUGUUUUUACUUCUGCUAUGUACAGUCCACCUAUGGUUUGCUUUUACUAGUCUAUCAUUGAUCUUUUUAACACAGCUCUUGAAGAGUCAUGGCUCCUUGGACCUCAGAAUCAAUAAAUGAUGUCUUCUGUCUUUA